UAAAAUGGGCCAGCGUGCUUUUGUAGGUAAAGUUUGUAUGGAUCUUAAUAACUUGUUUCCUACGUACAAGGAACAGCUAUGCGAAUCUGUGUGUGAGACAAGAAGAUUUGUUACUGAACUAACUGGACGGAUGUACCCUCUGGUAAAACCCAUUGUGACUCCUCGUUUUGUGCCUAGCUGCUCUUCUGAACUAAUGCAACAGUUGGGGUCAUAUGCAAACAGUGAGGGUUUGCAUAUUCAGAGUCACAUAAGUGAGUCCCGUGCCGAAGUGGAGCUUGUGAAGAGCUUGUUCCCAGACUGCAAGAAUUACACUGAUCUUUACGACAGACACAGCCUCUUAACUGAUAAGACAAUCAUGGCACAUGGAGUGUACCUGUCCAAUGAAGAGCUGAAAGUCUUCCAACAAAAAGGAGCAGCCAUUUCACACUGUCCAAAUUCAAACAUCUCACUUAGCAGUGGCUUAUUUGAUGUCCGAAAUGCUUUGAAUCACAAUGUAAAAGUAGGACUAGGAACUGAUGUUUCAGGUGGCUACUCUCCGUCUAUACUUAAUGCAAUGCGAACUGCAAUUGAUACGAUCAAAAUUCAUAGCUUUCAAACUUCCAAUUAUGAAAGGCUUUCAUACCAGGAAAUAUUUAAGCUCGCUACUCUUGGUGGAUGUCAAGCUUUGGGCCUUGAUAACGUGACUGGAAACUUUGAGGUAGGGAAGGACUUCGACGCUAUCCUUGUCAACACCAAUGUCCCAAAUAGUCCUUUUGAUAUAUUCCCUGAUGACACGCAGGAGGAUAUUUUCCAGAAGUUCUUGAACUUAGGAGAUGACCGGAACAUGGUGGAAGUAUAUGUGGCUGGCAAGAAAGUGGUGCCUUUCCCAAAUGCCUAGAACAAUAAUAGUACCUAAAUCUGGGGCAGAAACACUCAGUGAAUGCAUAAUAUUUUUAAUCACAGCAAACAUCUAUUAUAAAAGGGUUAUCAUUGCUGCUUACUGCCUCAGUUAUGAUUUUUGCUUCAUCAGCUGCUUUUUCGUAGUUAGGGUAGGGCUAUACAUGGUAAAUCCCAUCACUUGACCUCAGUGCAGAGUGCCACCCAAUGAUUGAUACAUUUGCAAUUUGGGUUUUUGAAAGUCAGUGAACUUGUAUAUGUUGUCAUCCAUUUACUUGUAAAAUCCAUCCGUAUAUUUCUCAAGAGCUAUUUUUCCCUCUUUGCCACUUAAUUUGGGUUUCUCUGGACGUACCAUGCCCAUAAGUACCAUCCAGUAUUACCUUAUGAAACCAAGCACUGGGCAGCAUUAAAGAUACGUCAAUCCUGGACGAAUCCUUUUCCCAGUACAGACACAUAUUCCAGUCAAGGUUAACAAAAGGUCGAUCAAGCAUCAGAGGAGUUGGACCUCCCUAAUCCAGGGCAGCUGAGUAACAUUGGCUUUCAAGAGCUGCCUCAGAACAGGUGAAGAAAGCUCAAACAUUCAUACAUUCAUAGAAUGAUGCAGCACAAAAGAAGCCAUUUGGGCCAUCAGACUGUGCUGACACUAUGAGAAAGCUAUCCAAUUAGCCCCAGUUUCCUUGUCCCUUCCUGAUAUUUCCCCUUCCAAUAUUUAUUCAAUUUUUCCCCUCAUAACAUUAUUAUUGCUGCUGCUUCCACUGGCCUUUCAAGCAGCACAUUGCAGGUCGUACACAAAUCCCUGUGUGAACAAAAUUCUCUUCAUCUCCCGUCUGGAUAUUUUUGCCAUUUAAAUUUGUGUCCUCUGGUCACCAAAAACCUUCCAGUGGAAACAAUUUCUCCUUAUUUUCUCUAUUAGCCUUCACGUGUUUGAACACUGCCAUUAAAUCUUCACUUGCUCUUCUCUGUAUUGGAGAGAGUAAUUCAAAAUUCUCUAAUCUCUCCUGCAGCAGAAGUCCCUCUUCCCUGGUCCCAUUAUAGUAAAUUUGCAUCAUUUCCAAGGCUAAGCCCAGAUUUAGAUGCAAAGGUCCAGCUGAGGCCUGACCAGCGAUUUAUAUUUAAAUGCUACCUCCAUUUCCAUGGUCUAUGUCUCUGUUCAUGGGAAAAUUAUAGAUGGAAUGUAAGUGUUUACCUAAUGGCUUUUUGUGGGUUAAUGGGCUGUGGCUAUAUUCCUGUGCCACACAAACUACAAGGACCCAGUACAGGAAUGGGAAACAGUGCAGAUUAAAUAAGAAUUAACAGUAACCUGUCCAGAAAUAAGCCAAGAUUAGGAUAUGCACUAAUAUUUCUUCACUAAAGUACCAGCAUCCUUGGCAUGGUGCAACAAAUAGUUUAGGGAGUUGGGAAGAGAUUAGGAAAAUGCGCUUAGACCCUUAGAUAACAAGGUGUAGAGCUGGAUGAACACAGCAGGCCAAGCAGCAUCAGAGGAACAGGAAGGCUGACGUUUCGGGCCUAGACCCUUCUUCAGCCCUUGUUCAGCUACUGGCAAUGAAUACACUCACAGGUCUUGAAUAUAGUUAACAUGUAACAUGUAAUGGGAAAAGUUGUGAAUGUGAAUGGUUAUGCCAUUCUUUUCUUUAUCACACAUUUUUAAACAAUGUGAAAAAUCACACUCAUGCCCAAUUCUGAUAUAAGGUUUUGGAGUCAAUGAAUAGAUGAGUAAUUUACACUUGCAUAUGUAUGCAUGUUAAAUACCCCAGAUGUGCCCAAUCUGCAGUUGUUUUUAAUUCAUUCACAGGAUCUGUGCAUUACUGGCCAGGCCAGCAUUCAUUGCCCAUCCCUAAUUGCCUGGUUGACAGUCAACCACAUUGCUGUGUGUCUGGAGUCACACAUAGGCCAGACCAGGUAAGGAAAGCAAUUUCCUUCCCUAAAGGACAUCAGUGAACCAGAUGGGUUUUUCCUGACAAUCUGCAAUGCAUUCAUGGUCAUCAUUAGACUUUUAAUCCAGAUUUUUAUUGAAUUCAAAUUCCACCAUCUGCCGUGGCAGGAUUUGAACCCAGGUUCCCAGAACACUACCUGAAUCUCCAGAUUACUAGUUUAGUGAUAUUACCAUUAAGCCAUCAUCCCCUCUUAAAUGUUGAAAUAAUGAGUAUUCUAUUUUUUUCUAUAUUACAGAAUUUUAGAUUAUUUAUAUGCUGUCUUGUAUCAAUUAAAUAUAGAUAAAUUUUACAAAUAUAAAUUGCUAUCUAAAUAAAUAUUGCUAUAUUUUGCACUGAAAGCUAUCUGACUAUAGAAAUAAAUUGCAAAAUUGUUAGCAUAUUCAGUAAUGAAUUGUUGACUGAGGCCUCAAAAAUAAAUCUGUUUUCAGCCCAAUCA